UUGACCUUAAUCUAUGCACAUCUCAGAUUGAAAGAAGAAUUGAGAAAUAUCAACCAACAGUGGCCUUCGUUUUCAAACAAUGAGGUAGAAAUUAUUUUCAGAAGAAAAGAUUUGGAGUAUAAGUUUCUACCUGUUUUGCAAGACGUUGUUGAAGGUUUGAUAAUAGAAAAAUUUAGUGUUGAAGACUUAAAGAAAUUUUUAGCAUCUGACAGUUGUAGUUCACCAAAAAGCAACAGACAAUCACCAGAGGGGGAUUUGUUUUCGCUUGAUAUAUCAGCAAUACCUGAUCCAGAUGCCUGCUCUUCCAUUCCUAAGUACGAAACAAGUUUUUCAGAAAUUCUGCAGCCAGAAAACCAAAAAGAUAAGAAUGAAAAACCAAAAAUUGCUAAAAGUUGCUUCAAUUGCUCCGAAGACCAUCACUUGGGUGAAUGUCCUUAUAUGAUAGAUUACAAAAAAGUGGCUGCCGCAAGAAAACGAAAUAAGCCCUUUUAUUCUCAGAAUGUAAGAUACCAUGUGCAUGGGAGCAAAGAAUCAGAGUUCAAACCUGGUUUGCCAAGUGACGAUUUACGAGAGGCAAUGGGCCUGAUGAGUAACCAGAUUCCUUCUUACAUUUAUCACAUGCGUGUAUUGGGCUAUCCUCCUGGUUGGAUGGCAGAAGCUGCCGUUGAAAGCUCUGGAAUCACAGUUUAUGGAUCUGACGGAAAUGUUGAAGCUGGUGGAACUUCUGAAGAUGGUCCUCCUGACAUUAAGAUUCAAUAUGAUCCUGAUAAGCUGGUUGAUUAUCCAGGCUUUAAUGCUGUUCUCCCCACUGAUUUUGUUGAUGAAGCAGAUAAACUAGGAUUUCCCCCAAUCCACUUCCAAGAUUUGAGAUGUGUACAGGAAACCUUUAUGGUGAAGCCCGAUGUGAGACCUAAAAGAAAGCGAGAGUUGGUUGAAAAUAGACCAUUUAAAGUACAGCGAUGUGAAGUUGAUAUGGAAAUGGAAGAAAACUCAGAUGAGGAUGCCAUUAGUCAAGACUAUGAAAAAUCUCUUUCCGGGUUCGUGCCACCUUUGCCAAUUGAAACUGUGCCACCUCCACCUCCAGAUGAUCCUCCCCUACCACCAGAGGAUGAAGCACCACCUCCACCUGUUCCUCCACCAGAAGAAGAGGAACCUGAACCUCCUCCUCCUGGUAUGGAAUCUCCCGUCCAGAUUGAAAACGAUACACCGAGUUUUGUGCCACCUCUUGGCUUCAAUCUGAAUUCCAACGACGGAAUCUCGAACGAAGCCAUUUCCGGAACAUCUUCUCCUUCUCUUACGGAACUGGAAGAGAUGAGAAAGAGACUCGUCAUGGAACUGACUGAACAAAUACUGGAUGAAGACACCAUGACCGACGAUGCUCUCCGGGACAAUGCUUUGGAAACCGGCCUCAACGUAGCUCGGGAGAAAAACUCUGCUGCUAGCAGCCCGUCUUCCCUGAAUGAAGAAUUCGUGGCUCUAGAAAGCAGCAACGACAUGUCGAUUGUCAGCGAAAUCAGUGUCCAUAGCAAGAGUCCGUCUCGGCCAGAAUCUCCCGUUCAGACCUCGAAUAAAUUAGUGAGGUCCGAGAGCAGGACUAGCCAAUCCAAAUUCAUGACUCUGGGGACACCUUCCCUGUCCCGUCACAGUUCUUAUACCAAGCUUCCCGACUAUGAACUUUUUUCGAAGGAUGUCACCUCGCACAUAAAUUUUGAAAAUCUUCCAAAUUCUACGGGGACUUUCCAAAGAAUAAAAGGGGUUUUAAAAAAAGUGAAAGAAAAAAUGAAGUUUCUUUAGAUUUAUUGGACUAAAUUUUAAUUAAAUUUUUAUUUUUACAAAUGCUCAACGUUACCUGACAGUCAUUGUUUCAGUGCAGAAAUGAUGUUUUGUGCAUGUUGUUUAUUAUUUAUGCAAUUUUUGUUAAGUUGUAUUUAUUUUGUUAGAGUACAAUUCGCAUAAACAUAAUGAAUAAAAUCAUAUUUUUUAUAUGGUAGUUAAUUUUUUUUCUGAAAUUAUAUUU